UUGCAAUUUCAUCCUUGAAUAUUUUUUAAUUGUUUUUAAUUUUUAUUUUUUUUAAAUAUGGUUUCAUCCCCUAGUGCUCGAUAUUUGUUAUUUUAUUAAUUAUAUAUUCAAAAUUUUGAUGCUCCAGUGAGAUGAUUCAAGUUGAAUAAAGAUAUGUCAAGUGUUCAUUUCUUUAUGAAUAUAACGCGGCAUUCCUUGUAAAAAAGUAUUCUAGUUAUUUCAAGAAAUUAAAUAAUGGAGCUUCAGAUUCCAGUUAUUAUAAUUAAAAAAAAAAAAAAAAAAAAUUGUGCUGAAAAGAAAGCAAAGCUAUUUCAAUGUUUUAGUGUUUCAAUCGGUUGGGUGCUGAAAAUAAUUAACAUACGAAAAAGGCGGCCUCCCGUUUCGACGGCAGAUCGAAUUACGGAACUAAUGGUUACAGCUGAGUGUUAACUAGGGCGAUGAAGCUCGUAUAGUUUGAUUUUAGCAUAAGUUGUUUCUGGUGUUUUCGUCAAACAAUGGAAACUGCAGAAGUGAACUCUUCAUUAGGAUACGGAAAAUCUCCAUGGGUGUUCAAAGGCAGUGCCUUGUACCAGCUGCAUCUUGUCAAGGCAGAGACAGCUCGAGCUUUUAUUCCGAAAGAAUUCAAAUUGGUGGAGGCUUUUGGAUAUACACUCGGUGGAUUCUUUCUUGCUAAUUACGAGGACAGUCCUGCUGGCAAAUUUGAUGAGCUUGUCGUCAUAGCAGGAAUCGUAUGGAAUCCACCUACAUCGUGUGCAUGGGCUGCAAGAGUUCUGGUGAGCAGUGACAAGGCAUGCGUCCAUGGUCGAAAGGAUGUUGGACUUCCGAGUCAAGUUGCAAAUUUUACGAAGAGUGUUACAGCACUUCCUGCGACAAAGAGAAGUCGAUUCGCUGGGUUUAUGAACAAGAUUGGCUUGGCUGAUAAUAAUAAUAAUAGCAUGAAGAAUUGUACGAAUAUACAAGUAAAUGAGAUGAACAAUCUUACGGCAACUGGCAUUUGCACUAUCAACCUUCCUCAUGCUGCAAUGGCAGCACCUCAAAAUGACGUAAAAAGAUGGAUCGGCCCUGCAAUCAAAAUGUCCCUCCCAAGCUUUAGUGGGCGCACUGAAUAUAACCCUCACCUCCUGAAGUACUCUUGCCAGAUCGAAUGCAGGUUGAGGGCAGUGAAAGCGGCUAAAGUGUGGGGCCCAUCUACAUCAAAUAUCGAAGUUGAAUCAACUUCUGAAUUGGAAUCAGCAAAUGUAGAUUCCACAGACUACAAACGGAACCUCUGUAUAUCAGUUAUGCUAUCGAAGCCGAUUUUAGCUUUGGAGUUCAAUUGCCUUGAAAUGAAAGUCGAAGCUCCCACUGUGGUUUCUCAAUAGAGAAUACUGGCCUCGUUUAAACACGAAUGAUGUGGCUCGUUAAUUUGUAUCUUUCGUUAUCAACAUUUGGUAAAAUAGCAUUAAUUCAGUCUUCUUUCCUUAUGC